AUGUUCGCCCAGCGUAUGAUGUUCCGCUCCUCCCAGCGAUUCGGCGUCGCCCGCAGCGCCCUCCGCCGCCGCAACUACAGCUCCGAGAGCCCGAAGCAAUUCGCUGGUGCAGAGGACAACGAGUUCAACCGUGAGCGUGCUAAGAUUGCAGAGCACGCUGGUGAGAGCGGAGAAUUCUGGCGCAAGCUCACUCUUUACGUCGCCGUUCCUGCUCUCAUUGUCGCUUCCGUCAAUGCCAAGAUUCGAUGGGACGCCCACUGGGAGCACGUUGCCCACGGACCCAAGCUCGAGGACAAGGUUGAAUACCCAUACCAGAACAUCCGCACCAAGAACUUCUGGUUUGGCGACGGUGACAAGACCCUUUUCUGGAACGAUAAGGUCAACUACCACAAGAAGGACGAGUAAAUCGCUUCAUGCACUUCUACAAUAUCCCUCUGUAUAACAAGAACAACCAUCAAACAUGGAGGAACCAGUCCUGUGGAAUUGGCAUUGUAAAUAGACAGGGCGCACGCUCGCUGCAGGUGAUCAAGACUAGCAAUCUUAUUUCUUUUGUCGAGAUCACUACCAAGCUCCGACAAUCUUGGAUAGCCGUGGAUUGUUGAACACAUUUCCUCCGAACAAAAGUGUCUAUGGAACAUUGUUCUAGUCAAGAGCUUCUCCGAUAAGAAGUUUUGCUUUGCCCUCCUCCCACACUCGGUUGUGAUUAUGAGCCCAUUCAUCAGCAACCUUUUCGUCCCCACGCAACUUUGCAAUGAAAGCCUUCUUC